AUUACCAGCAUAUGAAGCGCUUCGGUAGUGGUUUGUUAUAUUUAAACAGCUGACAAUACUGUAUGUUUGACGCCCAUUGCAGUUCAUCAUGGUACAGAUCACUGCCAUAAUUAAUCAAUAACUACACAAAUAAUGAUCCUCAAAGAAAAAUAGAAAGUAAGUAAUACUUAAGCACAUCGUAAAUAUUCGUCAAAUCAUAUUCGAUAGUGAAGGUCAAGUGAAAGAUUGAUGAUAAUUUAACGGCUAAUAAUAAAAAAAAAUAGCCCUAACACGCAACAGCACAAAUUAGUUAUACAAAUUAGUUAUAAAUAAAUUGAAAAUAAACAGAAAUAAACCAACUGAAGCCAGUGGAAGUUAGAGGGGCAGCAUAAAACUCUUGGGUUGUAACUAAAGCUAAAACAAGAAACUUAAAAAAUAAAUGACAAAAUUAAAAGCUAAAUCUAAGUAUGCAAAACUGACAAAAAAAUUUGAAAACAACGGCUGAAUGCAGAGUAGUUCAAAAGAGAAUACGAAACUCGCCAUAUUACGUAGAAAAUUUAAGAAAAUAUUUUAAAAAAGAGAAAAACUAGAAAAGUACUUUCCAAAUGGCUGAAAAGCCUAGCGCAGAUAAGGCUGUAUAAAGCUUUAGAGCAUAAUUUGUGAGUGACACUACAUUUUGAAAGCACUUUAAAGCACUGCCGCUUAACUGAGGAGUGAAAGCUCUGUUAAACACUUUAACUUGAGGUUAAAGCUUUUUACGAAAAGCAGUGAAAAGUAAACGCAAAUGCGCGAAAAUGGUUCCAAUCGACGACGAAGACGAACACAGUCGCCAUGACGCAGAAACAAACGUAGCUAAAGUGAGCUCACAAAGGCAAAAGUGCAACUACGCUGCAACUAUAAAUGGCAGUGACAAACGCAAUACCACUUAUUUGCAUUUUUUACGCAAAACUCGAAGAAAAAGCAACAAGCUCAGCUUUAAAGCAACCACGCCUACGUCAAAUGCACGCAAGUGUCAAGCGCUAAGCGCCUACUGGCAAAUGCUGCUGAUUCCGCAAAGUAAAAGCUUUAAUGGUAACAGGCGAUUCGAUAGCUUUCACAGUAUAAAAAGCUUACAAAGCUUGCAAGUUAAAGAAAGCGCACGCGAACAAGCAAUAAGCUAUAGAUGCACUUCAUUAAAUCAACUCAGCUCCGUAGGCCAGGAAGAUAGUCGUGAAAUCAAGCGAUAUUGUGGUGUCAAUUACAGCAAGAGUGAAGUCAGCUUAAGACGUUGUGGCAGUAUAGCUUUGGCACCAGCGCCACGUUGUAGGAGUAGUGAAAGUCAAAGCGCCGCAGUUAGGGAAUAUGAAUUGCAGGCGGACUUAAAGCCGUUUAGGUACAGCAAAAGCAGCGGAAACAGCAGAAGCAGAUACGCCAGUUGCGACUGGAGCGAAAAGUUCAACAGUUACAUAAUCAGAAGCAAUACUAAUGAAACAAAUGGCAGCUAUCGUAGAAGACCGCAAUCAAUUGAAAGACUGUGCAAACGCAAAAAAAGACGCUUGCGACGGCGUCGAAAAAGAAAAGCGCACAGAAAGAGACAGCUACAUGAAGAAAAAGAAGAGGAAGACGAAGAAGAACGCAAUCACAACACAAUAGCGACAUUUGGCGAGCAACUAGCCGUAGUACAUACAACCGCUAAAUCCGCAACAGUAGUCGCAUUUAAUGCACACGAAACUCAUAAAAGUGCAAUUGUCUCACACGCACAACCAGCAACAACUUGCACACCAACAACCGCAGCAACAACACAGCAUGACACGCUUGUCGACGUGUCAACAAUAGCAGCAAUAUCAUCACCAAUGCCAUACACAACCGGAACGCACGCACAUAAAUUGCCAGCUACCAAAACACUUCCAAAGCACCACGUCGUCGUCGUCGUCGUCGAUUGUCAUGAACGCAGCAAUAGCAGCUGUUGCAAUGGCAAUACAACUGGUGUGCAACAUCACUCAAGAAGUAGCAAUAAAAUGGCGACAAUAAACACAUGCACAACAGCUAAAUCAGCAAUGUCAUCAACAUCUUAUUCACCAACAGCAGCGGCAGCCUUCGACGCUGCAUCGCCUGCCAUACGACUGUCGGCCUUUUAUGCCGCAACUACACUGCGCCUAUUUUUAACCACAUUGACAACACUGAUCGCCAGCACAACACCAACAACAUUCACAGCCACAAAAUACUCAUGGAUUUUUCUAUGGAUAUAUGUGAAUUUAACUGCUAGAGUUGGUCUGGCAGGAUAUCAUGAAAAGAGACUGCUACACGAUCUUUUAGAUCCUUAUAAUACCCUAGAACGUCCGGUUUUAAACGAGUCGGAUCCAUUACAAUUAAGUUUUGGUUUAACUUUAAUGCAAAUAAUCGAUGUGGACGAAAAGAAUCAACUGCUCGUUACGAAUGUUUGGCUGAAAUUGGAGUGGAACGAUAUGAAUCUCCGUUGGAAUACAUCCGAUUAUGGCGGUGUUAAAGAUUUACGUAUACCGCCGCAUCGGAUAUGGAAGCCGGAUGUGCUGAUGUACAACAGCGCCGAUGAGGGCUUCGAUGGCACAUAUCAAACGAAUGUGGUGGUGCGCAAUAACGGUUCGUGUUUGUAUGUGCCACCCGGCAUAUUCAAGUCCACUUGCAAAAUCGACAUAACGUGGUUUCCGUUCGAUGAUCAACGUUGCGAAAUGAAGUUCGGCAGUUGGACAUACGAUGGAUUUCAGGUUUGA